GGAGGGGGAGGGCGGUGGCAGUCGCCCCGGAGGGGAGUGGGCUUCGCAGGGAGGGGGCCCUCGGACGGAUCGCAGGCGGAGAGGGAGAGAGAAGGAGCGAAGAAGGGAAGGAGCGAGAAGGAGAAGGGCAGCAGGCGAGCAGAGCGCACGCACCGCCCAAGGCUUGCGCAAAGAGGAGGCAAGGAGGAGAGCCACCCAAGCCAUGGAGAAUGGGUUGCAAUGCCCAAGGUCAACCACCGAAAUCCGGAAGGAGAAGUCGCGGGACGCGGCACGAUGCCGGCGCAGCAAAGAGACGGAGGUCUUCUACCAGCUGGCACACACCUUGCCCUUUGCCCGGGGGGUCAGCGCCCACCUAGACAAGGCGUCCAUCAUGCGCUUGACCAUCAGCUACCUGCGGAUGCACAAAAUGUUGAACUCCGGUGAAUGGCGGGACGAAGUGGAAGCAGAAGAACAGGUGGAUGCUUAUUACCUGAAGGCCUUGGAUGGCUUCCUGAUGGUCCUGACCGAGGAAGGAGACAUGAUCUACCUUUCGGAGAAUGUCAACAAACACCUGGGACUCAGCCAGCUGGAGCUCAUUGGCCACAGCGUCUUUGACUUCAUCCAUCCCUGUGACCAGGAGGAGCUGCAAGACGUAUUAAGCCCCAGGCAAGGUUUCUCGAAGAAGAAAGAAGUCAAGACGGAGCGCAGUUUUUCGGUGCGCAUGAAGAGCACUCUCACCACCAGGGGGCGCACCGUCAACCUCAAGUCCGCCACCUGGAAAGUGCUGCAUUGCGCCGGGCACAUGCGCACCUAUGCGCCUGCCAAGCCCGCGGCCGGGAAGGAGACGGAGGGGGGCUUUACGGAGCCCCCUUUGCGGUGCCUGGUGCUGAUCUGCGAGGCCAUCCCGCACCCGGCCAACAUUGAGACCCCGCUGGACAGCGGCACCUUCCUCAGCCGCCAUACGAUGGACAUGAAGUUUACCUACUGCGACGACAGGAUUGCCGAAGUGGCUGGCUACACCCCUGAAGACCUGCUGGGCUGCUCCAUGUACGAAUACAUCCACGCCCUGGAUUCGGAUUCCGUCAGCAAGAGCAUCAACACCCUGCUGAGCAAAGGGCAGGCCGUGACGGGACAAUAUCGCUUCCUGGCCAGGAAGGGCGGCUACCUCUGGACCCAGACCCAGGCUACUGUCAUCUCCAGCAGCAAGAACUCCCAGCCGGAGAGCAUUGUCUGCGUCCACUACAUUCUCAGCCAAGUGGAAGAGACGGGGCUGGUACUCUCCUUGGAGCAGACGGACCGGCAAGGGGAACAUCGCCGGCUGCCCCCGCCCUGCCUCGAAGGGCUGGACUCUGAUGGGGCGCUCGAUGAACUGGACCCCAACGGCGGGGACACUAUUAUCAACCUCAGCUUCGAGCUUCGUGGGCCAAAGAUUCUGGCCUUCCUCCGUCCUGCCAACAUCACCGAAGAGGAGCUGGAGAUGGACCCCAAGCGCUUCUGCAGCCCAGACCUACAGAAACUGCUGGGACCCAUUUUCGACCCACCGGGGGUCCAGAACCAAGGAGGGGGCACCGGGCGGGCAAAGCCUCUGGCUGCCCCACUCAAGCCGUCAUCCGUGGUCAAGAAGAUUUUUGGAAACACCAGCCCAGCCGAGCUGCCGGAAGAACUGCUUUUUGACAUGGAAAAUGUCCAGAAACUCUUUGCUUCCAACAAGGAGCCUCAGCCGAUGGAGACCACACUGCAGGAUUACGAAGGCCUGGACCUGGAAAUGCUGGCUCCGUACAUCUCGAUGGACGACGACUUCCAGCUCAGCAGCACUGACCACCCUCCGUGGCUGGCCGAGAAGCGUGCUGGAGACCCUGGGGCAGGGGUCCGGCCGGGUUCUCCACCCCCGCGCCCUCGCUCCCGAAGUUUCCACGGUGUCUCCCCUCGCCCGCCUGAGCCGGCCAGUCUCCCCCGUUGGGGCAGCGACAACAGCUUGAGCCACGUCCGUUCGGCCCAGGCACCAGGAGGAGGGCAGUGCGGGGCAGGGCAGGUGGUGGAGAUGGUGGCCUCAGUCAAGAUCCAGGCCGUGCCGGAAGGGACCAAUCCAAGCAGCCAGGGAGCCUUCGCUGGGGGCAGGAAGAGGUCCCGGGAGCUGAGCUUGGAAGAAGAGAGGGAUAUCUUCCUGGAAGCCAGCCCUGCCAAGCGUGCUCAUAGCCACGAGGCUGACACCUUUCUGAUGCCCUCCCUCAGCCUGGGUUUCCUUCUGAGCGUUGAAGAGUGUUUGGAUGCCAGGUCCGGAGGUGCCAUGGCCCUGGGCAAGAAACUUCUCUCUUUGGAGGAACCUAUGGGCCUCUUAGGGGACAUGCUGCCCUUCGUGGUGGACGGCCCGGCCCUUUCCCAGCUGGCCCUGUACGACGGGGAGGACGAGGGCUCCUUGGUGCGGAGCGGAGGGCACUUCCAGCUCGGGGAGGAGCUCCUGGUGGAACUGGACCAGGCUACCUGAGCGGGCAGGCGGGCGACCAGGCGGGCGACCAGGUGGCAGCCAUCGCCGCACCUUCACCCCACACUCCUGCUCCGCAGCCGGGACAAACGGAACCAAAUCCAACCCCCAAAUCAUCCACAAGAGGCAGAGCUUUGUGGGGAGGGGGCCUCCUUCUUCCUCCUCCUCCUCCUCCUCCUCCUCCUCUUCCUCCCUCCGGUCCCUCUUUGCCCCCGAGCCUCCGCCAGCAUCCUCAGAAAUCCUUCCUACCUCAGUCCCUUCCCUCCCCAUUGCCCUCCGGAGACGGAGACGGCGAGGGAGGAAAGCCCCACCAAACGUAGGAGUCUGGUUCAUAUUGGGACUCGGUUUCCCGUUAGACCGGCGGCCCCAAUUCGGUGCUAACGUACCCUCCUGCGGUUCCUAGAAGAGGAACAAAAGGGUUGGGGUGGGGUGGGGGUCAUUUUAAGCACUUAGUCCCUAUCAGUGGCAAGAAUCCAUUCUCUUACAGACUCCCCAAGAGCUGGGGUCACUUUAGGACAUCCUUUCCCGGGUUGGCCAUAGGUGCCGAAGGACAACGCAAGUCCUUCGAAACCAGAGAUGCAAACCUCACUUUAGCGCCAAACUCCCUUGGCUCUUGCCAAGAAGGUCCCUGAGUUCCCAGCUUGUGGCAUGAAUGCAUCCAUUCCUGAAGGAAUUGGGACCACACAAUCUUGGGAGAUUCUUAAAUAUAUAUAUAAUAGGGAGGGUCUGAGACUUCCUUCACAAGCUUGCCUCAACCAGCAUCUUGGGAAACAUCUCACCUUGGUUUCCACGAACCGUCCAGAAUAGAUCUCAGCUGCAAUGGCAGAUUGGGUAAGCUGAAAAAUAUAGUUUUGACUAGGAUAGACUGCUAUUGCAGCCGGUGCUCUAUUAUUAAUAUUAUGAUUUAUUAUUAUUAUUAUUAUUAAUAUUAUUAUUAAUAAUAAUUAUUAUUAAUAUUAUCCCUGAAGUGGCCAAAAGUUCUUUCCCUCAGAGAAAGGAAAACCAUUGGUAUUUUGACCCUAUUUAUGGUCUUUUUAUGGUGACCGUUCCAAAAGAGGUCUAAAUGCAUCACUGGAGAAAAGGGAGCUUGAUCAUUUUUUAAAAGCUUGAAAAGAACAUCGCUCCCUCGUUGAACGUAUUUACACUUCUCCAGUAGUCCCCUCUAGUCAUUCUUAAUGUUUAACUUAAUUCUAAUUUUUAAAUUAACAUUUUACUUGGUUCUUUCAGGGUCUCAAAUAACAAUCGUUGGGUUCCAGAAGCAAAACCCAAGUUUGGACCUGAUUGAACCAAACAUUAAAGUUUUGUGGACAAUGGACCGUGAUUUAAAAAAAAUCCCAAUUGAGAAGACAAUGUUAAGGAACAGCCCUGUUAUUUACAAUCUGAAACUUGAAAAGACAAUCUUAAAAAGGCACUUUUCCUGAAUGUUCAGGAAACCUUGACUUGUUUUUGAAAAAUUCAAGGUGGGCUAAGCCCUUUUGGUUGCCGAACAGACGGACUUCCCUUAGGUUUAAUGCUAAAUUUAAAUCGUCAACCAUCAAUAUGAAAAUAGGUUUUUCGUAAGUCAAUCUUUCAGUCCAAUUUUCCUCCCUGAUUUUGGGAGAAUGGCAUUUUGAAGAGGAAAACUCUUUGGGUUUUUUUAUACCCCAAUCCCAAAUUUCCUUCCAAAACCAAUGAGACUAAUGUGUUGUUGAAGGCUUUCAUGGCCGGAAUCACUGAGUUGCUGUGAGUUUUCUGGGCUGUAUGGCCAUGUUCCAGAAGCAUUCUCUCCUGACGUUUUGCCCACAUCUAUGGCAGGCAUCCUCAGAGGUUGUGAAGUCUGUUCGAAACAGGGUAAGUGAGGUUUAUAUAUCUGUGGAAUAAUAUCUAGGGUGGGAGAAAGAACUCUUUGUCUGUUGGAGGCAAGUGUGAAUGUUGUAAAGGGGCAACUUGAUUAGCAUUUAAUGGCCUUGCAGCUGCAAAGCCUAGCUGCUUCCUGCCUGGGAGAAUCCUUUGUUGGGAGGUGUUAGCUGGCCCUGAUUGUUUUUUGUCUGGAAUUCCACUGAUUUUCAAAUGUUAUUUAUUUACUGUCCUGAUUUUAGAGUUUUUCUAAUAUUAGCAGCCACAUUUUGUUCAUCUUCAUAGUUUCCUCCUUUCUGUUGAAAUUGUCCAUAUGCUUGUGGAUUUCAGUAGCUUCUCUGAGUAGCCUGACAUGGUGGUUGUGAGAGUGGUCCAGCAUUUCUGUGUUCUCAGAUAAUAUGCUGUGUCCAGGUUGGUUCAUCAAGUGUUCUGCUAUGGCUAACUUCACUGGUUGAAUUAGUGCCUUUCAGAUGUCAGACUAUGCAGAGAAGCCAUUGAAAUCCACAAGUAUGUGGACAAUUUCAACAGAAAGGAGGAAACCAUGAAAAUUAAAAAAAAUCUGGCUAGCAGUAUUUAAAAAAUUCUAAAAUCAUGACAGUAAGUAAAGAACAACACUCAGUAAACAGGGUAUUCCAGGCAGGAAGCAAUCAGAACCAGCUAACACCUCCCAAAAAGGAUUCUCCAGGCAACAACAGCCAGGCUUUGAAUCUAUAAGGCCAUUCAAUGCUAAUCAAGCUGGCCAUUUGCAACAUUCACAUUUUCCUCAAACAAACAAGAAUUUUUUCUCCCACCCUGGACAUUUCACAGAUAUAUAAACCCCACUUGCCUAGUUUCCAAUAGACCUCACAACCUCUGAGGAUGCCUGCUAUAGAUGUGGGUGAAAUGUUAGGAGAGAAUGCUUCUGGAGCGUGGCCAUACAGCCCGGAAAACUCACAGCAACCCAAUGAGACUCACUUCGAAGUAACUUGAAGUUUUUUGCCUAUUGCUCUCCCUUUUAUUUAAUUGAUCCUAUGCAUGUUUACUCUGAAGUACAUCGUAUGGUGACAUUCAAUGGGAUUAAUCUAUCCCAUGUCAGCAUGCCUAGGAAAAAUUUUAACCUCUGAUGCAUCUUAUUUGAAUAUUUUCAGCAUAGGAAGGUAUCUCGUUCUUAGCCAUUGUGAAGACAUGUGCCAGGAAACUCAUCAUUGCUGGAAGUGACGGAAACGUAUCCAAAUCCUUGCGCUUAAGAACGAGCUACCUUUCCAUUCUGCCCAAAGAGAAAAAAAAAGAAGAGAAAAAACCUUGCAUACACCUGCACUAGUUGUCGAAGAAUUAAAUUGCCUUACCUCUUUUAUAUCCUUUGAUAUAAAUGAGGCCACCGUAGUAUUAGUUGACGCUCAUCGUAGGGUUGCCCCAAAUUCUAGGAGGGAAAGGCUUCUCGAGAAAAUAGACAAUUGGACAAUGAUGCUUCUCCCGACACUGGAGAAGUAUAAUUGGAUAAACCAUUUAAAACCAUAGGUAACUUUCCCUGCGUGGAUGCAGGUAACCCAAGUUAUCAAUCCAUUUGUUUGGAAAGGGGGCAGGGGGACGACACACGAAUUUCUCCCAAUAGUCUCGGUUUAAAAACAAAUUUCGGUUUUGUUUUUAAAUCUACGUAGUCCCUUGGUAUUUUUGGAAGCUUUUAGCUUCAAAUCUUUUGGGAGCUAAAGGUGGGAUUUUUCCACCCAUUAAGUCAUUUCCACUCGCCGCCCAUCCCUUAACUGUCCAAAGCUCUCAGAGAGCGAAACAGAGUGUUAGGAGACAGUCUAAGCGAAGCCAGUGUUUCUCACCCUUUCCUUGGGUGUGUGUGUGUAUGUGUAAUCAUAUGGGAAUUGCCAGCCCCGGACACCAUCGGAAGCUGAGCGAUCCCAACUUCUUUUCAGCCAGACUUGCUAGCAAUGGAAGCAAGAAGGAAACCCAGUGGUUCAUCCUAAGCUUUCCACUUUGCUGGCACCUUCCUUCUUUCCCCAAGCAACGGGGCAACUAGGUAAUAGGGACCCUAUAGAAGAAAGGGAAUCCUGGGGCAUUAAAGGAGGAACUUUGUAUGGAGGUCUUUGAACUUGAGGCCUAUUCACACUAUGCAAUUACUGUAAGAUCUCCGCUACUUGGGCAUUACAUCCCCAGCCAAAUCAUGGAUGCAACUGAAUGCCAUUAAAUGAGCUGAAUUCUGGCAGAAGCAUGCAUACAGAUUCCUGUAGAGCAAACUUCAGCCCUCCAGAUGUUUUGGACUUCAGCUCCCACAAUUGGCUCUUAGGAAUUGUGGGAGUUGAAGUCCAGAACACCUGGAGGAUUGAAGUUUGCUGGAAGUCUUACUGUGUACAAUUCAGUUACUAAGAUCCUGCAGAAACCCGGAGUUUCUGAGAGUUCUGGAUGAUUCUCCCUAAUCUUGUGGUAGGUAGGAUCGUUAUGCUCUAAUUGCUUAGUGUGAAUGGUUCCCCUUGUCCCUGUUUUCCUCCAGUUCCCCCCCAAAGUGUUUCGAAGGGCAAGAGCAAAUUCAGAAGGUUCGAUUACAAUGCCAAACUUUGGUUGGGUUUCAGCCCCUGCUUCCAACCGAACCUGGGGCUGUCCAUCUGCCUUUUAAAACAGAAGUACCAACACAACUUGGCCGGGACCAACAUCCUUUGGAAAACGGGCAUAUCAACCCUGCUUUUCCUUGUUUAUUUUAUGAGCCAAGUUGAGUAUUGCAGCCCAAGAAGGGACCGACGCUGCCCUUAACACCACUUUUGCCUCCUUCGCCAUUCACCUGUGCCUUCACGUUGACAACGUCACCAGCACCAAAUAUAGCAUGGUUCUUUUCUUUCAAGAGAAAAGUCCAAAACCCAACCCCUUCCGAUCUUUUCCAGGUUGGAAGACAACGCAAAAUUGUCAGUGGCACCGGAGAAUGGGGAGAAACAGGCUGCAUUUCCCCCAAAGUAUGGCAAGCGAGGAAGACGAAGGUGGCGGGGAACAUAUGCACCCCCCUUUUUUUACAACUACCUCCCUGUUUCCUAACAUGCUUCCUCUUCCCCCUUUUUUGGCCCUUGCCUUGCCUUCACUUUCCAAGCCACUCGGUUUGAAAAGAAAGGAAGGAAAAAGAGGGGUAACGGAGGGAGGAGAGGGAAGGAGGAGUCCCUUUAGUUGGGCGCCGAGGUCUCCCAAUAUACAAGGCUAGUUGACACACCACACGUUAUGUACAUGUACACACACACACCAAUGCACCAAUGCACCAACCUUACGGAAGCAUGUGCAAUCACACACAAAGGUUGGGUCGCCUUCGACCCGAGGCAGCUCUCUCUCUCUUUUACUUUUUUGUCAAAAAGCCGCACUUGUUCGCACGCACAGAACAAUAGAAAUCUCCAAGCCAGGUGAAGAACACGGGAUGUUAAUGUCUCUUUCUCUCUUUUUUCUUUUUGUUGUUGAAUUAUUUCUUCUAAGGAAGGAGGACCCGGAAUCGCCACCGUGCCCCUCUUCCCCAGUGUUUUGAAUAUUUUUUCCCUUUUUCCUAUCCGGUUUCGUUCUGUUUUAAUUCUUCCCAGAGACUGUGGUUUGAAAUCAUUAUUCCGCACUUUUCUUUCUUGUCGAUGUUUGUUAUCGUAGGGUUGUUCGCUUGUUUAUUUCUCGUCUCGUCCCCCUCCCCAGAAAAAAAAAAAAGCCUGACACGGCGGCCGCUGUGCCACCUCUCUCCUUUUUAAACCAGUCCUGCUAAUUUUCCAAGGGAGGGUUGUGUCUCUUGUUCUCUCUGCCCCCCAACAAAAACAAACAACGCACACAUUUUGGUGCUUGUCGUGUCCCGGGUGAAAACUCUUUCGUGGGCACGCCGCUUUGGCAUGCAUUGCGAGCCGCAGCUAACUCCGCCAUGUUGUCAUGCGAAUCGAGCAUGAGGUGCUAAACUACCUUCAAGUUGUGGUGCUCUCGUCCCUUGUUGUGGUGGUUUCUUUAUGGCCCCAUUACGGCCAUGGUGCUCUCACCCACCCGCGUGAACCCCAAUAUACCUGCAACGGUGGCUAGCUUACCUAAGAGACUGUGACAGUCAAUCCUCCCACCUUUUAUUCUCAUUCAGCCCUCUCCGGUGGUCAGUGGUUUGGUAGCCCUAACCCAGGUGCCAGGAUUAUUAUUAUUAUUAAUCCCUCUCUUGAAUACAUAUGCCCAAGGGCAACCGUCAGGCCACCCAGAGGCUGAGGUGCUAGUCCAGUGGAGGGUUGGACCCACUUUCUUCCUGCUCGAAAGGCGAAAAUUUAGAUAGCUGGCCAGUGAUGGACACUCCAGGCAGAGUCAACAGUGGGGCUGGAUCUAUGCUGACCAUAUAAUAGAGUUUGAACUGCAUUCUGUGGUCAAUGUUGAACCAUAUCAUGCAAUCCAGUGUAGCUUUAACGGCAUUAUAUGGUUUUACAUUGAUUGUAUAAUGCAGUUAAAUACAGUUCAAAUGACAUUAUAUGAAUCUACAUAUAAAUGCAGUUCAUUACAGUUCAAGCUGCAUUAUAUGGUUUGACACUAAGCAUAUAAUGCAGUCCAUAUAAUGGAGUUUGAGCUGCAUUCUGCCGUCAGUGUUGAACCAUAUAAUGCAGUCCAGUGCAGUUCUAACUGUAUUAUAGGGUUUGAUAGUGAUCAUAUAAUGCUAUUAAAUGCAGUUCAAAUUGCAUUAUAUGACUAUACCUAUAAUACAGUUUAUUACAGUUCAAGCUGCAUUAUAUGGUUCGACACUAACCAUAUAAUGCAGUCCAUAUAAUGGAGUUUGAACUGCAUUCUGCGGUCGGUGUCAAAUAAUAUAAUGCUGUCCGGUGAGUUCUAACUGCAUAAUAUGGUUAGACAUUGAUCAUACAAUGCUGUUGAAUACAGUUCAAACUGCAUUAUAUGGAUCUGCAUAUAAUGCAGUUAAUUAUAGCUCAAGUUGUAUUAUAUGGUUUGACACUAAGCAUAUAAUACAGUCCAUAUCAUGGGAGUUUGAACUGCAUUCUGCUGUCUGUGUCGAAUAAUUUAAUGCAGCCCAGUGCAGUUCUAACUGCAUUAUACGGUCCAACCCUUAUCAUAUAAUGCAGUUAAAUACAGUUCAAACCUCAUUGUAUGGCUCUACAUAUAAUGCAGUCCAUUACAGUUCAUGCUGCAUUAUAUGGUUCAACACUAAGCAUAUAAUGCAGUUCAAACUCCCAAUAAAUGGUCAAUGUUGAACUAGCCUAAGGUUGCAAGAACGAAAGCCGGAAACAUCUCCUGUCCCUUGAAAUGACAUAAGUAGAGCAAUGGAGUCAAAUUGCAGGGAAAGAUAUGCCAUCUAAACAUUAGAAAUAACUUCCUGAAGAUCAGAGCUAUUUAACAGGAAUAUGCUGCCUCGAAGUCGAGGUUUUAAAGCAUAGGCUGGAUGGCCAUCUGUCUGCAGGGCUUGGAUUGGGUAUUCCUGCCACUGCACUGAUAGCCCUUGUAGUCUCUUCCAUCUCUAUGAGUCUAAAAGGGAAUUUCAACAGGUCUUUUACCUGGUUGUGAAAUAUGUGCUUUAGAUAAUAGAUUAUAUAUUAAAGGAAUAGGUAGCCCUCUCCGGUUUUCACUCCAGCAACCUUAAGGUGCAUCUAUACUGUAGAACAAAUGCAGUUCGAUACAACUUUAACUUCCAUGGCUCAAAGGAGUUGGAGUUUGGCAGGCACUGGAUUAAAAAGAAAAACUCUUAAAAUGAAAAUUCCCAGGAUCCCAUUGUAUCGAGCCAUGGAAGUUCAAGCAGUGUCAAACUGCAUUUACAUUCAAUGGUGUAGAUCGGUGUUUCCCAAAUUCUGCUCCUUGGGCGUUUUGGGCUUCAUCUCCCAGGAAUGCUUGAUGGGAGUUUAAAGUGCAAAGGAGUUUGGGGAUCAAUGGUAUAGAUGCAGCUUUAGUCAACAUUGGGGUCCAGAUCUGGCAAGCCUAGUUAGCGCAUGUGCAUGAAUUCGCCCCACAGAACUCAAUAGGAGUGACUUUUGGAGACUGCGACUCCCAGAAUCCCUUAACCCCCUUUCCCCAAAUGGUAAAUGCGCUUAGCUCUGCAGUUGUUUCAAGAGGCAGCUAUGGAGGGGUAGAGAACAACGGCAACCAAAGAACCCAUCGCUCUGUCUCUAGUGGCAAAUCACUGUGCCGCUAUUGAGGCCCCGGUGCUCCGUCCCUGCCUUUCGCGGCUGGGGCGGCUGGGCCAAACAGAGGAUGCGGAUCUCUUCCUUCUUUCCAGUGCUGCCUAUCACUGGUGGUACUGGGUGGACGCUGGGAUAUGCCAUCAUCUCGUUCCAGAAGGAGCACAGGUUGUUUUAAAGAGACACAACCCUCCCGCUUUCUGGCCACGCUUACACACGCACAUUGCUCCCUCGCCCCAAAACGUUUGCCAUGCCAGCCAGCGCUCAAAACGGUGAGAUCAAUGGCUUUCAAAAGGCCUCCGGAUCAAUAAAGGUGGGCAAUUGGUUCCCAAAUAGGGUACCCAUUAUGUGAGUUAUUCUCAAAGGUCAUUAUCGAUGGAUAGUAAUAUGAGCACCAUUAUAGAUUUUACCCCCAAGAAAAGACGUCUUUGGAUAAAGCGUAAUGUUUGACAAUUGGUUUCCAAAUAAGGUCACCAUUAUUGAUGGAUAGGUCAUUCUCAAAGGUAAUAUGGUCACUGUUAUUGACUGUGCCCUUGAGAAAAGGCAUCUUCGGGCGGUGGGAUCAGUAAUGUUAGACAAGUGUUUCCCAAACAUGGUCACCAGUAUUGAUGGAUAAGAUAUUAUCAAAGGUAAUAUGGUUACCGUUACUGACCGUCCCCUGGAGAAAACAUAUCCACGAAAUUGCGUGUGUUUCCUACAACAUUUGGGCUAAAUCCCUGACAAUUUAUCAUUCUGGAUUCUGGGGGUUCCAUCUAAAACUUUUGGAGAAUCAAAGGUUAGAGACAACUGUGUUUCAAAGGCAAAUUAUGAGUUUUUCUUUCAACAUUUAAGGUUUUUUGAUCUCCAUGGUUUUGGGCUUCAGUUCCCAGAACUCUUGUCCAUUUAUUAUUCUGGAUUCUGGCUGUUGGAAUCCAAAACAUAUGGAGAAUCCAAGUUUUGGGACUAUGCUUCUAUGGCAAAUAGUGGGCAUUUCCUACAGCAUUGAGGUUUUUGACUCUGUUUUUGGCUUUGAUUCCCAGAAACCUUGUCCAUUUACCAUCUUGGAAUCAAAUGUUAAGGAUGUGGACUAUGUGGAUAUUUCUUACAGCAUUGGAGUUUUUUAACCCUGUUUUGGGCUCCGAUUCAGGAAUCCUUAUCCAUUAAAUGUGCUGGAUUAUAGGUGUUGGAGUCCAAAACAUCUGGAUAAUCAAAAGUUAAGAAUGGCUAUUUUUCAGUGUCAAAUUGUGUUUCCUACAAAAUUGUGGUUUAUCUAACACUCGUUUGGAGCGUCAAUUCUUAAUUCUGUCCAUCCAUUAUGGAUGCUGGAGUCCAACACAUUUGGAGAUUCAAAUGUUGAGUCAGUGGUAAAUUUGGUUCGAUUUUGCUGUCAGAUUUGACUAGAGUCAGGCAUAAUUUUCAUGCAUUGACACAGUUAUAUUCCUAUGGACGUCUGCAUCUAUUUCAUCAUCCUCUGGGAUUUGUUGUUUAGGGAGUGGUACUUAAAAUCCCCAGAAAGAGAGUUCUAAUGCCUUCCCAGACUCUAAUGAUAAAUACACACAAAUGUCUAUAUUAGACAAUGUCGAAGAGAUAAACACUAUAAAGGUUCAAAACAUAAAAAGAGAUGUGUAUAUUAGAGCAACUUGCAAAGGCCACAGAAAUAGUCAGGCCUCUCUGAGUAUAGAGCUAUCUUCUAUGUAAAAAGGAUAAGCGAAUACUAUAAAGUUUCAAAACAUAGGUUGCACUAUGUAAUUCAGAGCACCAUAUACAUAAAAUAUUACCUGAGAGUAAACAACAAUAAUGAAAAUAAUAAGUACAGUCAACUGUUAUAAUCCACAGUAGUAUCUUCCAGACUGUAAUAGUCUCCACUAUUUAAACAUCAGUUGAAUUUGGCAACCAAAAUAAUAUAAACACAUUCAACCUUUGCAAAAUAAUAUUGGUUAAUAUAUAUUUUUAUGUUUUGAACCUUUAUAGUGUUUGUUUAUCUCUUUGACAUUCCCAGACUCUAAACCAGGCAUGGGCAAACUUCGUCCCUCCAGGUGUUUUGGACUUCAACUCCCACAAUUCCUAACAGUCCAAAAUACCUGGAGGACCGAAGUUAGCCCAUGCCUGCUCUAAAACUUGGGAUUUUGGAUGUUGCACUGGCUGUGAAAGCAAAGUCAUAGUGCUAUAAUUGUGCAGUGUGACAGUGUGCCAAGGACUGCGAGAUACAAAGCUCUUUGCAAUGCAAGAAUUCACCGGAGGCAGACUUUUUAAUAACAUGUUUGAAAGCCAUUGAUCUCAGGUACGACAAAACCUGGCCCUUACAGGUUUGGAGAUGAAAGCCCACUGCACCUUUAAGUGCCUCUCAAGCUGAUUUUCGGGAUGAGAAUGCCAGCUGGAUCAACGCUGCCAUAUAAUGGAGUUUAAAACUGCAUUAUAUAGUCAGUGUAGGCAAGGCAUGGGCAAACUUUGGCCCUCCAGGUGUUUUGGACUUCAACUCCCACAAUUCCUAACAGCCGGUAGGCUGUUAGGAAUUGUGGGAGUUGAAGUCCAAAACACCUGGAGGGCCAGAGUUGCCCAUGCCUGGUGUACGACCAUAUAAUGCAGUUUCAGAGUCCAAUAUAUAGGUCUACACACUGACCAUAUAAUGCAUUAUAUAGCAGCGUUGGCCUAGCCUUAGCUUUUCCAUGAAAGAACGGAUCUCUUUCCUGGCAGCUUCAAUGAUCGAUCUGCCAUGGGUUUAGUGGGCCACCAAAUCAAACUUUUGGGCUAUCAGCCGAAGAAGGGCUCGCUGGCAAUGGCAAAAGGGUUGAGGGUUGGCUCUUUCAAAGGGGAGCCGGUGGCAGGAGGUCGCCGUGUCUCUUUUUCAAGGCUUUGGGCAUCUGUUUAUAUGAUAUCGUUUUUAUAUAUCUUGUUUCCUCUACCCUUGUGUACGGUUAAUUUCCUCCUCUCCUUCUCUGUAUGGCGGGAUCAGAGUCGGCCCCCGCUGCGUAUGUAUCUAUCGCUGUUGUGGAACAUUAAAUACGUCUGGUAACAUCA